GGGGAGGGGCGAAGCAAUGGCCACGUGAGGCGACAACUAUCCCUUGUAUCAUCUACUACUUGCUGUCAGAUGAGGGUCGGGUAUCGUUAGACCUUGAGGAACACGGUAGAGUGACGUCACGACGGGUAUUGUCUUCUGCCCGUAAGAAAAUAUGUCGAAGCAUAUCUUGCUAUACCAGGCUGGUCUUGGCCUAGUAGGAGCAGCUGCAGGGGUUGCAAUAUUUGUGAUUUACAGAAGGAAUUGUAAGGAGAAAAAGAAGUGGGAUGCAAAGAGUAAUGGCUACUAUAGACAUAAACCCGUAGAACCCAGCAACGCUUUGGAGACUUCUAAGCAAUUAAAAGGUGUGUCGGAAGAUGUUAGUAGUGUGACUGUCUCAAGAGGAGAGCAAUUGGAGUUGUUAAACCGAUUGGACUAUGUUCUAAACAGCAUUGCUGAGCUACGACAAGAGAUUGAUUCCCUGAAGAAUCAUCUUCAUGGACUGGCUGAGGAUAUAGUUGGUGAAGUACGAUCCCACCUGGAAGAGAGCCAGAAGGCCAACAGACGCAAAAGAUUCCAGUUUCACAGAGAGAGGACAGAUUCCACAGGAUCUAGUUCAAUAUAUUUCACAACCAGUUCUGGAGCAGCUCACACAGAUGCUGAAAGUGAAGGAGGUUACACCACAGCAAAUGCUGAAUCUGAUUAUGACCGUGAAAGCAGCAGAGGAGGGAGCGAGGAGGAAGAAGAAGAUGAAGUCAGUUGUGUGACUGUGAGAACAAUGCGCAGGGACUCUGUGGAACCGGUCACUGACGAUGAAGAAACAAUGCUGGCUGCUGACCAUGUAGAUGAAGACCUGGCUCUUCUGCUGCACAAGUCAGAUCAGUUACAUAGGGGGGACACUGAGCAGAAACGGGAAGCAUUCCAUCUCCUGAGCAAUAAUAAAUUAUUGUAUGGGGACCAUCAAGAUUUUCUAUGGCGGCUAGCUCGUUCUUAUAGCGACAUGUGUGACAUUGCCCAAGACAAUGAAGAAAAGAAAUCAUAUGCUUUAGACGGACGAGAAGAGGCAGAAGCAGCACUUGAAAAAGGAGAUGAAACUGCUGAAUGCCACAAAUGGUUUGCCAUCCUUUGUGGGCAGUUGUCAGAGCACGAAGGAAUCCAAAAGCGCAUUCAGACAGGAAAGGUAUUUAAGGAACACAUCCAAAAGGCAAUUUCAUUGAAACCUGAUGAUUCAAGGUGCUAUUAUUUAUUAGGCCGCUGGAGCUACGAGGUCUCUAACCUUGGAUGGCUGGAAAGGAAAACUGCCUCUGCCUUGUAUGAAGAGCCUCCCACGGCUACGCUCCAUGAGGCUCUGCAAAACUUCUUGAAGGCUGAAGAACUAACUCCAGGUUUUUCUAAAGCAGCACGAGUUUAUAUUGCAAAGUGUUACAAAGAUUUGGGGAACACCUCAACAGCAAAGCACUGGCUGAGAUUGGCAGCUGAUGUUCCAGAGGUCACACAAGAGGAUAAAGAAGCUACUUCCUAUAUUAAAGAUGAACUGCUAUCAGUUAAUGAAAAUUAAUAUUGCUACUUCUAAAAUACCACUUGAUGAAGGACACUGAUGAGUCAUGUUUGACACGAAGGCCUGAAGAGAUUAUCUUGGAGAUUAAAGGGAGUUGUGUGAAGAACAUUAGCAUAUCUCUUUAGAGGGACAAGUGACCAAAUGCUUAGCUUCUUACAAAAAACGCUUUAAAUUCCAGAGCACCUGCAUUAGUCAUGUACAUGUUCUGUAAUACAGACAAACCCAUUUUAGGUGGUUCCCUAUCAUUAACUUCCUGUGCUCUGCUUCCUAAGGCUUCUGGUACUACUACAUAAAGCGUUAUUGAAAAGUCUGAAAAUAAUUCCACUUCUAUUAAUUCCUGCUUUUCAUUCAACUGUUCUUUUUCAUAUUUUUAAACUGUGAAGAAAUGAAUACCCUCUGCUGCUAUUCCUUUUAAUUUGUUUUAGUAAGUUCACCAGACUUAUCAACACUAAGGGCUCGAUUUAUCAAGCCGUUUGCGGCAUUACGACUGUAGGUCCUCAAAUGAUACCCUGCAGUCAGUAUUUAUAAAGCAGCGGCCAUCAGACCGCUGCUUCCUAUCCUUUUCUCCACCUCUUAGGUAGAGAAUUUUAAUAUUCCCGAUCUUGUCCGACUGGGGAGAUUGACGGCUCCUGCCCGCGCGUGAUUGGCUGUGCGCGGGCAGGGGGUGGUGUUGCACAAGAGCACAAAAUAACGCAUACAUACGCCCCUGUCUGCUGUCACUUGAUAUAUCGAGCCCUAAGCAGUAAUCUGUUGUAAAAGUAAUUUAUUCCAGACAAAAUUACUGCUGUCCUAUUAUCAGUUUUAAUUUAAAGUCUUGUUAUUUUUGCAUUCUAUGUCUGUCUGCCAGACUGGAAUGUGUGUGGGGGCUGUGGCCGACAAAUCAUAGCCCUCACAGUAACAAGGAAGACAGCAAAAUAGAAAGUAAUAUAUCUUACAUUCACAGCUAUACAAGCUUAUUUAAUAAGUGACGGCCUCACACUGAUUUAGAUCUAAACAAAUGCAGAUCCUUGUCUGCCCUAAACCCCUUAAUAACCAAUUAUAUUUCAGUAUAUUUUAUAUCUGCAUAGUUAUAACAGUACCAUAUAUUUAGCAGUUUGUUUGAAUGCUAAAAUACUAUAAAAAUAUUAUUUACAUGCUACUGACACUAGCAAUAUUAAUGAGAGUUCAGCUAUAACUGACAAGCCUGCAUCAUUAUGUUGACUACAAAGAUAGUGAAUUCUAUGAAUAUACUUAAUUAUUCCAAUACUUCACUUUGAGUCUAGUUAGCCGUGUGCCGAAAGAAUAGAAAUGUUUCCCUGGUUUGUUUUUGUCAAACCAUCUGUAAUUCAUCACAAUAUUACAGAUAGUCUUCGGUCGUACAACCUGAAUUUUAAAAUUGCACAUGUGGUGAAAAAAAAACUGCUGUUCCAGCUGUUGAGUUAACCAUAAGUCUGUGUUUUCAUUUAUUAAAUAAAUGAAUAACUAAAGUUUUUACUCUGAAGCACUGAAAUGUAUUUUGUUUUAAGUUACAUUUUAAUAAACUUAUUUUGGUAUUGAAAAGACAAAACUAAACAUAUGUAAUUAUAUAUAUUACCCGACCAAUAUAAAGAUUAUGACUAAACGCUUAGAUUGUAUAUGGAAUAUAUAGUGCAGGUAUAGGAACAUUUUCACCUAUCUGCCUUAUAUGUUUUAUUUAAUUUGAACUCUUUCAAUAGUCAUGACUUUAAAAAAGGGGGAAAUAUUUUUAUGAAUUGUAAAUGCAGCUUUUAGAAAAAUAAGCGUGGUUACCAUUGUGCUUGAAUAUAUUUAUACUAGUCCUAAAGCCCGUUCACACGGGCCGUGUUGUGUGUUAUCUCUCUCUCUCUCUCUCUCUCACUCUCUCCCCUGUCUCUCUCUCUCUCCCCUGUCUCUCUCUCUCUCUCUCCUGUGCUGCCCGGUUCUCCCCUGCGCGCGCGAUCAGCUGUGCUGCCCGGUCCUCGCGCUGCUGUCGGGUGGGUGCGCGUGCGAUCAGCUGCAAGAGUUUGUCUGAACUGCGCAUGACGGCUUCAGACAAACUCUUGUCUUUUAUAAUAUGGGAUAUACAAUUAUUAAUAUUAAAUGUAUGAUAAAUAAGCACAUUAAUACAACUAAACUUUACUUGGCUCUCCUAAUAUAUUCUGCAAUUUCAUCUUCCCUUCAUUUUUUUUGUUAGUCUGGAUUAACUUGUGUUUAGAAAACAAGUGCACUGACUGAUAAACUGUUUUUCUCUGUUUUUAUUGAUCUGACUAAAUAAAGUGAAUAUUUUGUCUGUAUAA